AUGGAAAUAACGCUCGUGGUAUCGCCCAUCACAACAAUGGGAUUAGCUGGACCAAAGGGGGUCUUUGAGGAAAGAAUAUUCUUACCAUCGAUGCCGCAGGUAGGGGAUACAGUUCAGGCAGAAGUAAUAAAACUUGAGCAAGGACGUAUGGAAUUUGGAGUAAUGUGGCAGAAUCAAGAAGUAAAAUAUUACCUUCCACAUGAACUUAAAGAUAUCGAAACCACUGGACAUGCCCUGGAAGAGCAUCGACUUUGGGUCCGAUGUGUCCGGAAUUCGAAUAUCAAUAUCGGCACCAUACCGCAAAAGUUGAAGAACUUAAAUGAGGACCUCUUGGCUAAGGAUCGAAAUAAUGAGCUCGCUUUAGCAGCAAAGUUGAAAUUUUGA